CUUCAGUGAGUGAUAGAGGGACAGGGGAGUGUGAUGGUGUUUUCCUCCUGCAUGCUUCAGUGAGUGAUAGAGGGACAGGGGAGUGUGAUGGUGUUUUCCUCCUGCAUGAUUCAGUGAGUGAUAGAGGGACAGGGGAGUGUGAUGGUGUUUUCCUCCUACAUGAUUCAGUGAGUGAUAGAGGGACAGGGGAGUGUGAUGGUGUUUUCCUCCUGCAUGCUUCAGUGAGUGAUAGAGGGACAGGGGAGUGUGAUGGUGUUUUCCUCCUGCAUGAUUCAGUGAGGGACAGAGGGACAGGGGAGUGUGAUGGUAUUUUCCUCCUGCAUGCUUCAGUGAGGGACAGGGGAGUGUGAUGGUAGUAUUUUCCUCUUGCAUACACCAGUAAGAUGUGAAGAUGGCGGAGCUGCAGAUGCUGCUGGAAGAGGAGAUUCCUGCUGGUCGAGGAGCCCUGCUAGAUAGCUACACCAACCUCGAGAGAGUCGCCGAGUACUGCGAGAGCAACUACAUACAGUCUCCAGAUAAGCACAGAGCUCUAGAAGAAACCAAAAGCUACACCACUCAGUCUUUAGCCAGUGUUGCAUAUCUGAUCAACACUCUCGCCAACAAUGUGCUCCAGAUGUUGGACAUACAGGCAUCCCAGCUAUGCCGGAUGGAAUCCUCCAUUAACCACAUCUCACAGACGGUGGACAUCCAUAAAGAAAAGGUGGCAAGGCGAGAGAUUGGCAUCCUCACCACCAAUAAGAACACGUCUCGCACACACAAGAUCAUUGCACCAGCCAAUCCUGAGAGGCCUGUGCGGUACAUCCGCAAGCCUGUUGACUACAGCCUGCUGGAUGACGUAGGCCAUGGUGUGAAGUGGUUACUAAGGUUUAAGGUCAACGCCCAGAAUAUGAAAACGGGUACGACUCCACGCACAGCUGCCCCUACCCAGAAACCACCCAGCCCUCCUGGCACUGGCAAAGGUACCAUCAGUGGACUUCAAAAUAUUUUAACCCUGCCCCUCGGCAGACGGCACUCCCCUUACCGGACACUCGAGCCAGUGCGUCCACCAGUCAUCCCAAAUGACUACGUUCCAAGUCCAACACGCAACACUGCACCACCCCUGCAGAGCCCGGCUAGAACUGCUUCCGUUAAUCAGAGGACCCGCACGUACAGCAGUGGCAGCAGUGGAGGCAGUCAUCCCAGCAGUCGCAGCAGCAGCAGAGAGAACAGUGGCAGUGGAAGUGUGGGCGUGCCUAUCGCUGUUCCAACCCCUGCCCCGCCCACAGUCUUUCCUGCUGCAGGUACUGUACCUGCCCCUCCCAAUCCCCCCAAACCUCCACCAAAUGUUACUAUCCCUUCACCUCCUGUACCCCCACCACCUUCCACCCCUGAGCCAGUGCCCCCUGCCCCUGCUUCUACCCCUGCUCUGCCAGCAGAGGGCCCUCCGGAGAUACCACCACCCCCACAGCUGCCCCCUACCCUUCCCAUUAGCACCAACACCAGCCUUGUUGCUGCAACUAGCACCCCCGCUCAAGGCAAUGGUGCUCACUUUUACAGUAUGAAUCGGCCAAUGACACGGCAUGCUACGCCCUCUGUGGGAGGUUCCCUGCCCUAUCGCCGGCCAUCAUCAGUUACCGGACAGCCUAACAACAUGCCUCAGAACACAAAUCCAAACAUGAUCCAAAACCAGCUCAAUGGAGGGCCGCACUACAACCAAAACCAUGCCCCUAUGGCCCCUCCUCCCCCCUCUGUCCUUCAGAUUACUCCUCAGCUCCCGCUCAUGGGCUUUGUGGCUCGAGUUCAGGAGACCAUCUCAGACGCACCCCCGCCACCACCUCCUGCAGAAGAGGUGGAGUUUGAGGAAGCAACCCCACCGCCGCCUCCUCCAGAGGACUAUGAGGAUGAUGAAGGUGAUGAGGAGGAAGAGUCGGCAGUGGUGGAGUACAGUGACCCUUACGCAGAAGAGGACCCGCCAUGGGCUCCUCGCAGUUACAUGGAGAAAGUGGUGGCGAUUUACGACUACAUGCGUGAUAAAGAAGACGAGCUGUCCUUCCAGGAGGGGGCGAUCAUUUACGUCAUCAAGAAGAAUGACGAUGGCUGGUUUGAGGGUGUGAUGAGCGGCACCACAGGCCUCUUUCCUGGGAAUUACGUUGAGUCCAUCAUGCACUACGCUGACUGAGCCACGGAGUGGCGCCACUUCUCCUGUUUCUCAUCUUCCUCAUUCUUUGGGUGUGCACAUAACACACACACACACACACACAUAGGAACACAAAUAAACUCAGCUACACUACAUCAUGCACAGGCUUGUUGCAGACAAACAAACUGUGGACGGAGAUGACUUGGAGAGCAGCGGCAAAGAACUGAGGCGUUGGCACAUUGGCAAAGAGGACGGUUCCUCAAGAUUAUAAGGGGAAAAUAAACUAUUGAAAUGUGUUAAGAUAAAUUCAUAAGAACAUUUAUUCAUCUCUUAUUUUGAAUCUCUUAGAAACAUGUAUCAGAAAAGUGUUGGGUAUGCUUGACUUGUGUUGAUAUUGAUUGCUUUGGCUCCUGUUCCUCCUCUGCUAUGGGGGAACGGUCAUAACACAGUGGAAGAACAGUUAUCCACGCUCAUGCCGUCAUGAAGUUGCUCGGGUGAAGGAAGUGGGAUGGGAAGAUGGGCAUCUUGGACAUGCAUAAUUUUUUUACAUCACUUAACUGUACCAGCAAAUGAGAGAAAAGCUUUUGCUAAGAAUGACACAACAAGGAUUUUAUUGUCCCAGGUCGUAAAGAAAUGCAUUAAUUUAGGUCGUCUUAUAUACUUGUUAUUCAUUGCAUUUGGGGUGAUAUUUAUUUUUUUAAAACUCUGUUACAUUUAGGAUGCGGUUCAGAUUGAAAUCUUUAGCAGAAAGAUAUACCAAAGGAUUUCAGUGACGGUUUGGAUCGUGAACAGGACCGAAAACAACCUUAAAAUAUUUACUUUUCACCAUUCCUUUACAUUCAUUUCUUUCCAACAAAGAUGUUAUUGCUUGAAAAUGUUUGCAAGUAUGUGUAUUCUUUAUAUGUAUGAUAAAAAAAAAACGCUAUUCAGUUGUUCAGGAAGUUUGUGCCAUAAAGAAAUAUAUUUAGAUGGUCAUAUUUUUGGACAUGAGAGGUUUUCACGAGUCUCAGCACCAGAUGUGGUGUUCUUCAGGAAGAAAAUGUGUAUUGUGAUCUUUGAUUCAUCCCUUUGACCAGCUGUGGACUUAAAGAUGCAAGACUAUUCUAUAUGUGUGUUAUAUAUUGAUUUAUAUUACAGAAUUACUAUUGUGUUGGUGUGUGACUGGUGUAGAGACCCCAUUUUAUCUGCAAUAACUAAGGCACAGUUGGAACGUCCUCAGUCGAUGCGCUUGAGAUCUUUUAAGCACAAGAUAAAUGUGAUCUUAGGGAGACCUUAUAAAAUGUGAACUGACUUGCAGAUGAAGUUAUGGUCAAGAAAUGAAAACAGAAACCAGCCCAAACUUUAAAACAACCUCUGACCCACAUGCAGAUAAUGUGGAAGAAACUACUAAUGCACAGAAACCUUUUCUAUAAAGUAUUUCAAUGUCUAUAUGUAAGUGCGUGUGAGUGUGAAACUUUGAUUUCACUGUUUAUAGAUUGUUGGUGACUGACUCGCUUGUCUGUGUGCAAAUCUUUACUUUCAAUGAAAGGUCUGUGGCAGUGCGUGUGUGUGUGUGUGUGAAAUGAGUCUUGCAUGUUGAUAAAUUCUGUGAUUUUCCUGCUGAUGGAGAAUAAACUGGAAAUAUCUGGUCAACUGCCUUAAAGCGUCAUUGAACGUUUUCUUGGGUAGGUUAUUGUACAAUUUUGCAUAUCUAGAACAGUCUACGCUGCACUUGAAACCAUAAAAAGCAGAAUUGAAAGAUUAAUGCAGCCACUGUCUUUGCACUGGAAUUACAAUUGCAAGAUUUUCCUUGGCAGCACAAAGACAGACAGGGAGAAUAAGUGGUCAAAUUUUUAUUAGUAUUAAUAGGUUAACAUUAAAACCUUUUGGGUUAUGUACAAAGUAUAAAUCAUUCCAACUGUAGUUCAAAGACUGACAUUUAAGUAAAUUUACAGAAUUCAUCCAUCCAACUUUUUCCCCAAAUGAUGCAAAAGUUACACAUUUUUUUAAUCUGCAUUUUGACAUUUGAUUUAUUUUGGAUAUGUGUUUUUUUUUUAAUCAAAAACUGAUGUGUCACAUACUUUAAAUUUUUUAUCCUAAAUUACAUUUCUUUAAUAUAGGACAUGUUUUAGUAGUAUUUUCUCUUACAGCAGAGCCAAAUCUGUCAUUUUAAAACAACUAAAUUGCAACUAGUACAAAAAUCAAUUCUACGAUUAUUCUUACCAUGUUAUGAAUAAGUCAAUAUCUUCUAGUAUAUAAUCUAGAGUUGGUGACAGUAGUUCACAUUUUUAAAAGUGCACCAUUCAUGUCAUGCAUCUUUUUAUAGAUUUCCUCUUACAUUUAUCAUUUGUCAGUCCUUCCACGGUCAAUCUGUUACUAGUUUAUUUUACAUUAACCCACACACCCUGUUGGAGACUUCAAACUCCCCGCUUAGAAACCCAAACACAGAAAAAUACAUUACUAGGAGAGACAAACAUGUCAAAACCUUUGCCUACACAUAAAUGAUUCUAUGCAUAAUAUUGCUCUAGGCGUUCAGUCGCGCACUCUCUCUGUAAUAUUGAUUGCUGCUAUACAGAGAAACACAAAUCACGCACACGUGCACACGCGCAUACAGGGGAAACAGAAAAAGGUUUAAUGGAAGGAUAGGAAGAGUCAGAGUGGAAUUUGUCCAAAGUGGUUUAUCUUGCUACCCAGCUGACAUCUGCACCCUAUGGCUCACAGAUCAGCGUCUCCGUCACAAAAUUGUUCUCAAAGUGGCGGAUCUUGAGGCAGUUGAGAGCCUCACGCUUCUGGAUACC